AUGCUGAUCAUCUUUCUGAGCACUUUUGUGCUUCACUUCACUACUGCUGUUACUUCAGAACCGCAGUAUAUCCUAUGGAUCUCUUCUGUGAUACAGAGACAUUCUACAGAAAAAACUUGUGUCCAUCUUUUAAACCUUAAUGAAUCUGUAUCUUUGAGUGUUAUCUUAGAAUAUGAUGGCGUCAAUACCACUCUUUUUGAUCAGUUUGUGGAGGAAAAGAAUUUUUAUACUUGUGCAAAUUUCCAGAUCUCUCAUAAAUCCUCUGAACAAUUGGCUUUUGUGACAUUGUUGGCUAAGGGAGAUACUCACAGCAUUUUUGAGAGGAGAUCUGUGGCCAUCACUUCAGAAGAGACUGUUACCUUUGUGCAGACAGAUAAACCCAUCUAUAAACAAGGAGAGAAGGUUCUAUUUCGUGUCGUGACAUUGGAUAUUAAGUUCAAGCCUGUUGCAGAUUUGUAUCCUUUAAUUAUAAUUCAGGAUCCUAAAGGCAAUAGGAUUUUUCAGUGGCAAAAUGUGACUUCUACUCAAAAUAUUACCCAGCUUUCAUUCCAGUUGACUAAAGAACCAAUGUUGGGAGAUUAUUCAAUUAUCGUGAAGAAAAAAUCAGAAAAGACAGUGAGCCACCAAUUUACUGUUAAUGAAUAUGUUUUGCCCAAUUUCGAAGUUAUAAUCAAUGCACCAAAAACAAUAACUAUUUCAGAUGAUGCGUUCCAAGUGACUGCAUGUGCUAAGUAUACCUUUGGCCAACCUGUGCAAGGGAAAGCCCAAAUCCAGGUGUGCAGAAAAUUUUACUCCUCCACCAACUGUGGGGAAGACAAUGAAAUCUGUGAGCGGUUCGUCACACAGUUGAAAAGUGGGUGUGCUUCUCAACUUGUAAAUACAAAAGUCCUCCAACUCUACCAAUCUGGAUUUUUCAUGUCAUUUUCUAUAAAGGCAGUUGUUACAGAAAUUGGAACAGGUGUGCAGAUUAGUGAAAAAACCUCUGUUUCUAUCACUCAAUUGCUUGGGAGUGUGAGCUUUGAGAAUGGAGACCCUUUCUAUAGAAGAGGAAUUUCUUAUUUUGGAACUCUUAAAUUUUCUGGUCCCAACAAUGUACCUAUGGUGAGCAAGUUAUUACAAUUGGAGCUUAAUGAAAAAUUUAUAGGAAAUUAUACCACAGAUGAGAAUGGGGAAGCUCAGUUUUCCAUUGACACUUCAGACAUAUUUGAUCCAGAAUUCAACCUAAAAGCUUCAUAUAUUCGACCGAGGAGCUGCUAUGGUUCUGGCUGGUUGACGCCUGACUAUGGAGAUGCUCAUUUGUUAGUCUCACGUUUUUACUCUCGAACCAAUAGCUUCCUGAAGAUUGUUCCAGAGCCAAAGCAGCUUAAGUGUAAUCAACAGAAGAUUGUUACUGUGCAUUAUUCCCUAAACAAUGAAGCAUAUGCAGAUCAUUCAAAUGUAAACUUCUAUUACUUGGUGAGUUUCUGUAGGUGACUUCAUGGAAUCUGGAUGUAUGUUUGUUGUUGUUGUAUAUUUUCAACCUGGAAUGGAAACUUCUCUUUCCAUAUUGAAGUCAGUGCUGAUCUGGCUCCUGUGGCCAUCAUGUUUGUCUACACCCUUCACCCCAGUGGGGAAAUUGUGGCUGACAGUGUCAAAUUCCAGGUGGAAAAGUGUUUUAAAAACAAGGUUGACAUUAAGUUUUCUAAAGGGCAGGGGCUGCCUGGCUCCAGUGUUGAUCUCCAUCUUCAAGCAGCCUCUGAUUCAUUCUGUGCUUUGCGGGCUGUGGAUAAAAGUGUGCUUCUACUGAAACCAGAACAAGAGCUGUCAGCUGAAAGUGUGUACAAUCUGCUUCCUUAUAUAGAACUAUAUGGUUAUUUCCAUGAUAGUCUCAACCUUGACGAUGAAAAGCUCAACCCUUGCAUUCCUCCAAAGAAUAUGUUUUACCAUGGUUUGUAUUAUAUGCCUGUGAGCAAUAAUGGGGAUGGAGACAUCUUUAAUAUUAUUAGGGAUAUGGGUCUGAAAGCCCUUACCAAUCUUCACUACCGAAAACCAGAAGUAUGUGUAACAGAGACAAGGCCUCAUUACUAUGAGGCAAGGCCAGUAUUUCUUGAAGCAGCAGGAUUUGACAGUAUGCCUAGUGACACAUCUAGAUUUGCAUGUAGGUAAUCUAACUUCGUGGAUAAUUCCGUAUAUGUAGAACAAGCCAUAAUAGAAACAGUACGAAGAAACUUCCCAGAGACAUGGAUAUGGGAUCUCGUGAGUACCAACUCCUCAGGUUCAGCGAGUAUUUCAUUCCGCAUUCCUGAUACUAUAACCAAAUGGGAGACAAAUGGCUUCUGUGUGAAUGGUGAUGCUGGCUUUGGCAUUUCAUCAACAGCAGAUCUGGAAGUCUUUCAGCCUUUUUUUAUUGAAACUACUGUACCUUUUUCAUUAGUUCAAAAUGAACAAUCUGAUUUGAUUGUCACUGUCUUCAACUACUUGAAUAUAUGUGCAGAGAUUUCUGUUCGACUAGAACCAUCUGAAGAUUAUGAGGCAGGGAGUAACACUCUGCAAAGCAAGAAUGGUGAGAUUAUCCAAGCUGGAGAGAGGAAGACAUAUGUGUGGACUCUUCUACCUAAAAAACUGGGUGAAGUGAACAUUACUGUAGUUGGUGAAUCCAAACAAAGUAGCGGUUGCGCUAAUCAAGCACCUGAGCAACACAAUGUAAGAUGGAAAGAUACCGUCGUGAAGAGUUUACUGGUAGAGCCUGAAGGUAUUGAAAAAGAAAUGACUCAAAGUUUUCUUAUCUGUACAAAAGGUGAUAAAGCCUCCAGACAGAUAGUUUUGGACUUGCCUAACAAUGUAGUCGAAGGAUCUGCCAGGGCCUUUUUCACUGUUGUGGGGGAUAUUCUUGGACUGGCAAUACAAAACAUGGAGAAUCUUCUCCAAAUGCCCCAUGGAUGUGGAGAGCAGAAUAUUGCUCUACUAGCAUCUGACACCUAUGUUCUUGACUAUCUGAAAUCCACUGGGCAGUUGACAGAAGAAGUUAAAUCUAAAGCCACCUUUUUCUUAUCUAAUGGCUAUCAAAAACAGUUGGCUUUCAAAAACUAUGAUGGAUCAUAUGGUGUGUUUUGGCAGAAGAAUCAGGAAGGAAAUAUUUGGCUUACAACUUUUACAUUUAAAACGUUUGGGGGAAUGAAGAAACAUAUUUACAUUGAUGAACAAGUUCAAAAACAAACUUUGAUCUGGCUUUCCAACAAACAGAAAAGUAAUGGCUGCUUUCAAAGUGAUGGCAAACUUUUCAACAAUGCCUGGGAGGGUGGAGACAACGAUGAGGACAUUUUAAUUACUGCCUAUAUUGUUGGAGCACUUCUUGAGUCUGGCCUGAAUUUCAGUUUUCCUGUUCUACGAAAUGGCCUUUUUUGCCUAGAAGAUGCAUUGGGAAGUGGUGUCACGAAUGGCUAUACUCAUGCAAUUCUAGCUUAUGUUUUUGCAUUAGCUGGAAAAGAGAAGCAAGCGGAAUCUUUACUCCAGAUCUUGGAUCAGUCUGCAACAAAAAUACAUAACGUUAUAUACUGGGAGCGAGCAAAGAAGCCAAAGGCAGAAGAAUCCCCAUCUUUCCUUCCUCGGGCACCUUCUGCUGAGAAUGAGAAAACCUGUUAUGUGCUAUUGGCUGUCAUUUCUCAGAAAACUCCUGACCUCACUUAUGCUAGUAAGAUUGUGCAAUGGCUCACCCAGCAGAUGAAUUCCCACGGAGGCUUCUCUUCCACCCAGGACACUGCCGUCUGUCUUCUGGCCAUAACCAGCUAUAUGAAGCUCACGUUCUCUAAUGAACAAAGCACUAUCACCUUUAGAGGUGAAGAAACCAAUGAGAUCUUCCAGGUUAACAACGACAAUCGCUUGCUGGUCCAGCGCUCAGAACUAACAAAAGCACAGGGACAGUAUACAGUUGACAUGGAAGGACAAGGCUGCACAUUUGUCCAGGCUACCCUUAGGUAUAACAUGUUGGUACCCAAGAAGGCAUCUGGAUUUGCCCUUUCCUUGGAAAUGGUGAAGGGAAACUCUUCAGAUGAAUUCCAGAUGAAUUAUAAUUUAACUGUGACUUUCAACUACACUGGAAUUCGCAAAAACUCCAAUAUGGUCAUUGUUGAUGUAAAAAUGUUGUCAGGAUUUUCUCCAGUCAUGUCAUCUCUUGAGGAGCUUGAAAAUAAUGGACAAGUGAUGAAGACUGAAGUCCAGAGCAGUCAUGUUCUUUUCUACUUGGAUAAUAUUUUUGAUACAACAAAAAGUUUUACUUUCUCUGUUGAGCAAAGUAAUCUUGUGUCCAAUAUUCAGUCAGCUUCAGCCAUGGUCUAUGAUUAUUAUGAAAAAGAUGAAUAUGCUUUUGUUUCUUAUAACAUCCCUAUUUCAGUUUCCCAGUGA